UUUAAUACCAUUUUAUCGUUGCAUUAACUCAUCUCAUCUCUACCAACUAACAAACUAGUUCCAGACCCUUGAAAAGAUAAACAUUACCUCCGGUGCCCUUUGACCCCUGACCUAGAAAUAUUUGGAGGGAAAUUCAGUGACGCGGUGUUGAGAAUUAUUUUACAAAAUCAACGAAAUAUAUCAAAAUGAUGUCUUCAAAUCACCUGAUCCCAUCGCCCACCGUAGUUACCAGCGACAGAGGACAGAUUCAGAUAAUCUUUGGACCUAUGUUCUCGGGGAAAACCACCGAGCUAAUGAGAAGAAUGAAGAGAUACCAGGUAGCUAACUACUCCUGUCUCAUAGUGAAAUACGCCAAAGACACCCGCUACGACAAUAACGGCAUCGCUACACACGACAGACAAGUGCUGCCAGCCAUUGCUGCUGAGACACUGAUGACUCUAGCCAAUGAGAUGAUGGAGUAUGAAGUCAUCGGUAUUGACGAGGGACAGUUUUUUCCCGAUGUGGUGGAUUUUGCUGAUGCUAUGGCAGAGAAGGGGAAAGUUGUCAUAGUAGCAGCACUGGAUGCGACAUUCCAGAAGAAGGGUUUCGGAGACAUCUUGAAUCUCGUGCCGCUAGCAGAGCAUGUGAUGAAGCUGUCGGCUGUCUGCAUGAACUGUUACAACGAGGCAUCGUUUACCAAGAGGAAAGGAAAGGAAACAGAGGUUGAGGUCAUCGGAGGGGCAGACAAGUAUCUGGCUGUGUGUCGUGCAUGCUUCAAGUCUCCGUGUAAGAAAUCUCCCCGUCGCUCACCACUCAAAGACAUCAACAACACUCCUCAGCAAAACACCAACCUCACAGACAAGUCCUACAUCAACAGACAGCUGUUCACGUCCCCACAGAUGCUGUAGUGUCACAUGGUCCUCACAGCUUCGUCCCAUCUGUAUUACAUUCAGUGUUUCCAGGGUCAUUUUUAACUACUCUAAAACAAUACCGGUCCCAGCAAAUGUUCACCAGUCCUUAUUUCAGACCUUACAAUGCAUGCUUAUCAUCACUUGUUGUCUGGAUAUCAGUUUGGUACUCCUUUGCAAAAAUUCCUCAAUCCAGUUGUCUAAUGACCCAAGAGUAUAUUAAUUUUAGCAAAUGACAAGUACCUUUGUAUUCAGUGCAGGGCCCACGUGCACAAAACAAUCUUAGUACUAAGAGUUACGUAACUCUAGGUUAGAGUUUCCAAGCCAAGAUAGCUUUGUGCAAGUGGACCCAGAUAGAUGUGUGGUACCCCUCAUGCUUGGAAGCCAGUUAUUUCUCCUGGUUUAAUGUCAUUUGAAUUAUGUUCUAUUUUUAUCAUACUUAUUCAGCAAUAAUUCUGCUGGACCCAGGAAUCAACAGCGAGUGGAAUUCACAGUCAAGGUUAUAUGGUACUGGUAAACAGAAACACUGAAAUGAAUUGCAUGAACUGACACCCAUCACACAGUAAAACUAAAGACUCCUGUCUCCUGCAGAGGUGUUUGGUGAAUCUGUCCCUGAAACAAAGACCGUGAAACCUUGUCCUCAAAGACCGUCUCCGCAGUCUAGUGGUAGAGCGUCCGCCUGGAGAGUGGAAGGUCCGGGUUUUGAUCCCCAGCCCCGUCAUACCAAAAGACGUUAAAAGAUGGUACUUGUUGUUACCCUGUCUGGAGUUAAAUGCCCUUAAAAGUCCAGUUUUCACCCUUGCCAAACUAUUUUUUGUCUGGACUGACGAUCCUAUGCAUCUCAUAGGAAUAAUAUUUUAUAUAAAUAAAACAAUACAAUAGCAAAGUGCACUUAGAUAUGAACAAAUUAUCUAAUGCUUCUGAGCUACUACCCCCGGCUUUGCGAUUUAUCAUUACUUAGUGGGGAUAUAGUCUCUGACCCCAUUGGGAUUCUGGGUUCGAAUUUGUCUUCACCAACCCAUGCUUGCCUUAAGAGAUGACUUGGUGGAUUGGGGGGUCAGGCUCGCUGACUUGAUUCAUGUAUGUCAUCAUAUCCCAAUUGCAUGGAUUUAUGUUCAUUUUAUCAAUCUCUGGUUUGUCUGGUCCAAACUUGAUUAUUUACAGACUGCCAUCAUAUAGCUGGAAUAUUGCUGAGUGCUGCAUUAAACAACAUACGAUAUAGUUUGUCAUCCAUGCCAUAAAAAAAACUAGUUUUUAGGCUACUAGCACAUAUUCAUUUUGUAUUGGAUGGCCAAGACCCGGUCUGCAAGUGACUUAAAUCUAAAUGAAUGUGUACAAAAGUCCUUAGUUUUGUAUGUUUUUAGAUUCAUUGAUGAAUUUGAUUUUGAUUUUACUUUUUUAGCGUUUACAAGUUUUAAGCCUAGCUUCGACACUGUAUGCAGUUAUUUAUGACUAAUUGUAAAUAGAUGUAUGUUCUUCUUGCUAUCCUAAUAAACUAUAUAUAUGACCUGAGAAA